GGUGAAGUGGUGAAGGGGCUACUUCCACGGACAGAGGAGGAGGCAUUUGUGAGGACCAUAUCUUACGAUGGUGUGGAGAACCUGGUUGAUGAUGUUGUGGAUGACACGGAGGCUGAGGCAGGUAGUCAGGUACCAGAGACUCAGGUCCCAGACACUCAGGAAACAGACACUCAGGCCACUGGUUCAGAACCUCAGCCCAGUGCACCAUCUUCAUCAGGCGUUCGGGGUGCCGAGUACACUGAUUUAGUGGCUCGGUUGGAUAGGAUCGAGGCUGACACUCAGGGUCUGUAUGCUGCUCAUGUCGAGCUGAAGAAGGCAUACGAGACCAGCCAUGUAGAGCUGAAGGGUGGUCAGAACGUAAUUAUGGAGCAGCUCAGAGACAUAUUGGCCAUGUUGAAUCGUCCGCCAACGACAGCUUCAGCACCGGAGGCCCCAGCAGAUCCAUCUACCCCACCACCAGCUGCUUCACCCCCAGUAGAAGAGGAUGAGGUCUUCCCCGACGAUUACGAUCCUUAUGAGGGAGCUCCAGCGACUCUGAUCGAGGCACAACCUCUUAUCCAUGUACAUGACACCGAGUCGCAGGGUGAGAUUCUGUCGAUAGAGGCACAACCUGCAGUGGUUAAGAGUCGGAAGAGGAAGAGAAAGCCUCCUGUAUGGUUCGGUGACUAUACGGAGAUGAAGAGGAGACAUAGGCCAUCUUCGACUUUUGAUCCCCUGGAGCCACCGGAUGAGAAAUUGUUAACCACUUUCCGAAAGUGGUGUGUUGGACUCAUUCCGAACCACCGACUUCGGGAUUUGAGAAGUGGUAAUUACGGUCCAGGAUUCUUUUGAACAAUUCUCACACCAAAGGAAUGGCUUACAGAUGACGUA